GUGUGUGUGUCGUACGUGUGUGUGUGUACGUGUGUGUACGUGUCCAGUUUUAGACCGUGCUGAGGCAGCGGUUCACUUCCGUCGGGCUCGUCAGCGCUGCUGGGUCGGUCGAUUUCAAAUGAAGGUGGCUCGUUCCUCUACAAAAGUAAUCACCGGUCUGGGUGUUGGAAGCUGUUUGCCUCACCACACACUGAAUCCUCUGAAUCCUCCUCCACAGUGAGCAGUGACAAGAUAUUGGCUGAACCGUGCCAUGACCUUGUGUCUUCCACCUGCACCGCUCUUGCAAUCCCAGACCCUCUCAGUGACACUUAAAGUCAACACCAAAGGCUGUGUGUGGGUCAGUCAGGUUUGAGAUGAGUGGUCAAGGUCCAGCUGUAGAUAAAGGGAUGAACACGGUCCCAGUCUGCCAGGAGAGCUACGCCUGCGGGGGUUCAGAUGAGGCUGCGUUUGAGUGCGAUGAGUGUGGCAGCUUGCAGUGCGCCCGCUGCGAACUGGAGCUCCACAGGCAGGAGCGCAUGAGGAAUCACGACAGGGUUCGGAUUGCACCGGGACACGUCCCCUUCUGUGACUCCUGCAAAGGUGACAGCAGCUGCUCGGCGAGCGGCGGACGCCUCAGGGCUGUGGUUCGCUGCCAGGGUUGCAAGAUCAACCUGUGUUUGGACUGCCAGAAACGCACCCACAGCGGAAUCAACAAGAGGAAGCACCCCCUGACAACUUAUCACACAGUCAAAUCUCCCCAGGAGAACAGCAAGGAUGCAGAGGAGUCGGAGAUGGAGAUCCUGAAGGCCAAGCUGGAGCAGGUGUGCAGCUUCCUUCUGGUGGACGACAAGGAGGAGAUGCAGGUGAAGGAUGAGGAUGACUUUGUCAGUAGAUUGGGCUGCAGAGCGGAUGAGCUCCUCAAGGUCGUCUCCGUCUUCGGGAACACUGGGGAGGGCAAGUCCCACACCCUGAACCAUACGUUUUUCCUUGGGAGAGAGGUGUUCAAGACAUCCCCCACCCAGGACUCCUGCACCGUGGGUGUGUGGGCUGCUAUGGACCCUGUGCACUGGGUUGUAGUCAUCGACACAGAGGGACUACUGGGGGCUGGAGCUAAUCAGGGUCAGCGAACCCGGCUGCUACUCAAGGUCCUGGCUAUCUCUGAUCUGGUCAUCUACAGAACCCACGCUGACCGUCUCCAUGACGACCUCUUCAAGUUCCUUGGCGAUGCGUCAGAUGCCUACUUGAAACAUUUCACCAGGGAGUUAAAGGCGACCACCAGCCGCUGUGGUCUGGACGUCCCGUUGUCCACCCUGGGCCCUGCGGUGAUCAUCUUCCAUGAGACGGUCCACACCAAGCUGCUAGGAUCAGACAAGCCAUCUGAAUCAGCUGACCGUCUCCUUCAGGAGCGUUUCAGGAAGCUGGGUCUGUUUCCAGAAGCAUUCAGCUCCGUCCAGUACCGCGGAACUCGGACCUACAACCCCCCCACGGACUUCAGUGGCUUGCUGCGCAACCUGGAGCAACAGCUGGAUAACAACACCACCCGGUCACCCCGUUCUGCCAGUGUCAUCUACAAGGCUCUCCAGGCCCUGAGUGAGCGCUUCAGCGGUGAUAUUUCAGAGGAGCACAUGACCAGUAACUCCUUUUUCCCAGAUGAGUACUUCACCUGCUCCAGCAUCUGCCUCAGCUGUGGUUCAGGCUGUAAGAGGAGCAUGAAUCACCUAAAGGAAGGGUCCGAACACGAAGCUAAACAGCGCUGCCGCUACUCUGCGCAGUACGACAACCGCAUUUACACCUGCAAGGCCUGCUAUGAGGGAGGGAAGGAGGUAAUAGUCGUUCCCAAAACGACGGCCUCGUCUGACUCACCGUGGUUUGGCCUGGCCAUCUACGCCUGGUCAGGGUAUGUAAUCGAGUGCCCCAACUGCGCAGUGAUCUACAGAAGCAGGCAGUACUGGUAUGGAAACCAGGACCCAGUGGAAACAGUGGUCAGAACGGAGAUCCAGCACAUCUGGCCUGGGUCUGAUGGUUUUUUGAAGGACAACAACAAUGCGGCUCAGAGGUUGCUGGAUGGAGUGAAAUACAUUUCUCAGUCAGUGACUGAUCUCAGCUUCAAGCCUGCCAAAGCUGUCACCUCCUGGCUCACUGACCAGAUCGCUCCCACCUACUGGACCCCCAACUCCCUCAUCCUGAAAUGCCAUAAAUGUGCAGAGGAGUUCCAAGUCAACGACACCAAGCACCACUGCCGGGCCUGUGGAGAGGGGUUCUGUGACGCCUGCUCCUCCAAAACCCGACCGGUCCCAGAGAGGGGCUGGGGUCUGGCACCCGUCCGAGUCUGCGACGCAUGUUUCCACAACAGGGGAAUCCCAACUGAGUUGCUGGACGCUGCCUUGGAGGAGGAAGGAGGCACACUAAUCGCCAGGAAGGUUGGAGAGGCCGUUCAGAACACUUUAGGAGCUGUAGUCGGUGCUAUCGACAUACCUCUGGGCCUGGUGAAGGACGCUGCCCGCCCGGCCUACUGGGUCCCAGACCAGGACAUCCACUCCUGCUGCGAGUGCCAGAAGGAGUUCGCCCCACGUCUCUCCAUCCACCACUGUCGUGCCUGCGGCCAGGGUGUGUGCGGCGACUGCUCGCAGGAGCGGCGCUCGGUGCCCUCGCGUGGCUGGGACCACCCCGUCAGGGUCUGCAACGGCUGCAACCAGAAACCUGGGGAUCUCUAGCAGGACCAGGGUGGGGAACGGCUAGGGAUGCUGACUUCUGCGAAAAACUGGAACUGACACCAUGUAGACUCUGGCUAAUUUAAGACUUCAUAUGUUUUCAGCGGCUUCUCUUGGCUGCCACCUGUUUGGACUGUGUUGAUUGUUUUUGUCUUUGGUAACGCUGUCCUCGCGUCAUUUCAGCUCCUCGAUGUUAUUUCACUUUACCAUGCCUAUAUUUUACACUGUGAAGAAAGACAGAGUGAGACUUGAAAAUCAGGACUGCAGGAGAGGUAAAGAGAUAAUAAGGACAGUGAGUAUCGUACAGUACAUGCUCCAACAAUGGAGUUCAGGUAAAUUCCCAUUUGACCCUUUUAGACCCUUUCAAAUUUAUAUUGAAGCACAUGAAACCUUAACCCCUUUGACAAUCCCUCCUGGUGUGAUAAACUAGUACUGUCUGGGCCUGCAUGUGUAAAUCAUAUAAUAACAGAAGUACUAACUGAUUCCAGGUAAGCACUUUGAGCCGAAGAAUGUUUCUUCAGGAGGAACUGGAUUUUAACAUUCGGAACCGGCUUUAGAGGAAAAAUGAUCCACUUAAGAUGAUUCUGAUCAAAGAUCGACUGUAGUUUUCCUCUGCUCCGGCCCGACUAGCUUUUAGCUUUUCCUGCCUCUUUGGCUUCAGCAGGAUGAAAACAAUCAGAAGCCACCGAUGUACUGUAGCACCGAGAUGCAUUCCAACUUAUAGAAUUACAUAGUAUAAUAACUACUUAUAUAAUCCCUUCAUCCUUUGUGAUCGUUGGUAGAUCUAAUGGACGAAUGAUAAUAGAGCACCCUUAUUGACGCUGUUGACUGUUUUGACAUUUUACAUAGAAUAUACAUAUAUGGGGAGAAGAGUUUUAAAAUGGCCUUGUUUGUUUUUAAAAUAUCUAAACUUAUCUGUUAACGAGACAAAUCUGACUGCAGGGGGGAAUGCAUGCAACAAAGAGAAAUGCUUUUUGUGCGUGGCUGGCUCACAGCAGCAAUAAGAUACAGAGGGGACUACAAACUUCAUCUGUUUUUGAGGCUGGCCCCUCAAAACGUUUAUUAGAAGAUCAUUAAUCCUUUACUCUGUCAACUCAGGCUGUGUAGAAGGUCAAGGAGGAGCUUUUACUGAGCUGCAUGGUUUGAGAUCAUAUCUGAGGCGUUCGGCCGAAGACCCGGGCAUUGAGAAGUCUGACUGUUUCAAUUUUUAACCUGAAUUUGUUUCCCCCACCCCCAGUACCUGACUUGAAGAAUUUGUUUAAGCUGAGAUAAUAGACUUUAACUUGAAUAAGUGAAUACUCUACAAAUAUCACAUGGAACAAAUGCAUUCAUGUAUUCUCAUACAGUAUGUAUUAAACUGCAGAGACUCUU